AAGAAAAAGCGUCGAUGUUUAGGGUUAGGGUUUUAUUUUCUUAAAUCUUAUGAGCAUGGUAUUGUCAUGAAUGUUUCGCUCAGCAGGAGCUUUACCAGGGAGGAGUAGAAGGUGAAUAGAAGGUGAAGGAGAAAGGUAUGGAUCUGAGCAUUUUAGAAUAGAGCAAAUUUUCUGGGUACUCAUAAUCGCGGAGCUUUUCGGUUUCUGAAAGAUCUGGUCUCGUUUAGUCUUUUUUGGUUUUCUUUUCUAGGUAAGUCAUGGUGAAACACAACAACGUUGUGCCCAAUGGGCAUUUCAAGAAGCACUGGCAGCGCUACGUUAAGACCUGGUUCAAUCAGCCCGCUCGCAAGGCCAGGAGACGCACUGCUCGUCAAAAGAAGGCCGUGAAAAUUUUCCCGCGUCCCACGGCUGGUCCUCUCCGUCCCAUGGUACACGGACAGACACAAAGAUACAACAUGAAAGUUCGCGCCGGGAGGGGAUUCUCGCUUGAGGAACUUAAGGCGGCUGGAAUUCCGAAGAAGUUGGCUCCCACUAUAGGAAUUUCAGUUGAUCAUCGUCAUCGAAACCGAUCCCUGGAAGGUCUUCAGGCUAAUGUUCAGCGGUUGAAGACGUACAAGGCAAAGCUGGUUGUCUUCCCAAGAAGUGCUCGCAAGUUUAAGGUUGGUGAUUCUAGUCCUGAGGAACUGGCCAAUGCAACCCAAGUACAGGGUACAUACUUGCCUAUCCAUCAAGAAAAACCAUCUGCUGAACUUGUAAAGGUCACUGAUGAAAUGAAAUCCUUCAAAGCAUAUUCCAAGCUUCGUGUGGAAAGGAUGAAUAAACGAAUGGCUGGAACACGUUUGAAGAGGGCUGCUGAGGCAGAGAAGGACGAGAAAAAAUGAUUUAAGUGUUGUAUUUCAGUAGUUUAUUUUCACUGUUGGAAAUGUGAAAUAUUUUUGGUUGGGGAGAAAAUUAUCAGUGAAGUGCAUGUUCUAGUUAUUGGUUAGCAAAUCAUACAUUGGAACUGUUUGUUGUAUUUUGAUAUACGUUGUUUUAGAAUAUUCCUAUUUUGCAUCUUCAAAAAUGAUGCUUUCUACA